AUGUCUUCAUCAGCCAUGGAAAUCGACUCUAAGCCUGUGAAAGUAGCUACCACUUCAGCUUCAAAUGAAGAAGAUGGUUACAUUCUACCUUGGGUCGAAAAGUACAGACCAGAGUAUCUAAAGGACAUUGUUGGCAAUGAAGAUGCUGUGUCUCGUUUAGAAACCAUUGCGAGAGAUGGCAAUCUACCCAAUGUUAUCCUGACUGGCAUGCCUGGUAUUGGUAAAACUACAAGUAUAUUGUGUCUGGCUCAUGAUUUGCUUGGUCCUUCUUACAAAGAUGCCGUGCUUGAGCUAAACGCAUCUGAUGACAGAGGUAUCGAAGUGGUCAGAAGUAGAAUCAAGGCAUUUGCUCAAAAGAAAGUGACUUUACCACCUGGCAAACACAAGAUUGUUAUUCUAGAUGAAGCUGAUAGUAUGACAGGUGGAGCUCAACAAGCCCUUCGUAGAACCAUGGAAAUCUAUUCCAAUACAACUAGAUUUGCAUUAGCUUGUAAUCAAUCCAACAAAAUCAUUGAACCCAUCCAGUCCCGUUGUGCAGUAUUGCGUUAUACCAAAUUAACAGACGCUCAAGUACUGAGUAGAUUAGAGGAGAUUUGUCGUAUGGAAAAUGUUCAAUCGAACGACGAGGGUUUAGAGGCGUUGAUCUUUACAGCUGAUGGAGAUAUGCGCCAAGCCAUCAACAAUUUACAAUCCACUCACUACGGUUUUGGAUAUGUCAAUGCAGAGAAUGUGUUCAAGAUUUGUGAUCAACCUCACCCUGUUGUAGUCCAGCACAUGUUGGAGCACUGCGGAAAGGGAAAAGUAGAUGAUGCUGUUACCUUGGUGGAGCAAUUGUACGAUCAAGGCUACUCCUCGUUGGAUAUUAUUACCACCAUCUUUCGAGUGACAAGAAACUACAACGAAAUGAGUGAACAAAUUAGAUUGGAUUACUUGAAGGAAAUUGGUUUUACUCAUAUGCGUAUCUUGGAAGGGCAUCAGAGCAUCAUUCAGUUGUCUGGCAUGAUUGCCAAGUUGUGUGAUUUAGCUAAAUAA